UCUGUAGGUACUCAAAUGCCACAGCUGUUUCCUCUACAGUUAUCUAUCUGUUUGUGUGUGUGUUUGUCAGUGUGAGGGUUAUCAGGGCUGAUGGGGAGCAGCUGCCCAGAGGGUCAGCACUUGGAUCCCUUGCUCAGAAGAUGUAUGGACUGUAACAGGAAAUGUGGAAAACCAUAUUUACCUCCCAGAUGUACCAGUUACUGUGAGUCUGCCCGUUGUAAGGCUCUACCUGGUCAAUACUACGACCGGCUGCUGAACAAAUGCAUCAAGUGCAAAGAGAUUUGUGGCCAACACACACCAGAAUGCUCUCAGCACUGUCAGACUCUGUCACCUCCUGUUACCACCAAAAAGCUGCUGAUUGAAGUUACCUCACAUGUGUCGAUCUCAAGAAGGCCUACAUGGUUGGAAGACUCCAAUAUCCUGCUUUAUUCCCUCCUGGGUGUGUGCUUGGUACUGCUGUUGUCUAGCUUGUCUCUAGCUUUGGCAGUCUUUCUGAGAAGAGACAAGGCCAAAUCCUCUAAGCCAAGACCUUCAGAAGGCACUCGCCGCAAGCCGAAGUGUGUUGUCCAGCAACGCCAGGAGUUUGGCCUUCCUACAAGCCAGCUGGGGAUGACCUCUAGAGAUUACCCAACAAGUUCAAGCUGUCCCACUAACCGUGACCCAUCCGAUGACUCCAGCCCAACAGAGACCUGUGUUUGCAUCCACUGUUUCCCUGAUCUCAAAGCUCUGGGCCAGUGCAACAACAGGCCACCGAGAGCAUCCUUCACAUUCAACCAGGAAGCUGCUCUACAAAGAGCCCAAAUCCAAAAAGGAGGCCCCCUCUGGCCUGAGGAGAGCCUCCACAUACCUGGACAGAUGGCCCAGGGGGGUCCAGCAGUGGGAUGAUAGUUAUUUGUGCUCUCUUGAAGUGUCUCACUGGAAUAUUGGGAUGGAUAAAUAUGUCCGGAAUAUGUCAGAGAAGGUUGUCAGUCUUUUUAAACAAAAAUCCAGAAGACACAGUCUCAACAUACAGCCAAAAUGUAACUAUUUAGAUUUUAACAUUGUGAAAACUUGGGAUUUAAAGGGCUGCAUAGUCUUUUAUAACCCUUGCAAACAGUUCAAUAGGCAAUAACAAUGGUUUUAAAAAGCUGUCCCUCAUUAAAAACAGCACAAAUUUUGAAAAAUCUGAAAAAAAAAAAACCCUUUACCCCCUGAUGAUGGCAUGGUGAGAAAAUGUGGAAGCUUGUGUCAUGUGAAGGUCUUUUGGUUUUGCUCCUACUGUAUUCCAAAUGCAUGAGAUACCACUGAAAAUAUGUCCAUGCACCGAUCAGCCACAACAUUGAAAGCACAAGGCUUAUACUGUUAAGGUCCACCUCGUGCUGCCAAAACAGCUCUGAUCCAUCGGGCCAUGAACACAGGACUUCAGGGAGUGUCCAUUGGUAGUGGCUUGUUUGGGUCUUGAGAGUUGUGUGGUGGGGACUAUUUCAUGAGUUUAUUUUUUCAAAUACUUCUGUUGAACCACAGUUCAAAAGCAAUGUCUGAUUUUCAUUGGUUAAUUUUCAUAGAAUUUUUAUUUAUUAUAACUUUUGUCAGAUUCAAAUUAUUUGUGUGACCAUUGCGGGUUUUUCUUUCAUUAACCGAGGGGUACCAACAAUUUUGUCCAUGUGUGUAUGUAAAGUUUUGCUGCUCUUUUUCACAGACUGCCACUGACGCAACCAGCCGAGCUGGUGCUGUUGCCAAAGAUGGCUCAGUAUCAUUUAACUGCCAACUGUCAGUUUGGCUUAUAAGUCCCAAUUCUAUAAGACAUGCUUCAGAAAGAUACAGUCACAGAAAGAUAAUAAUUGCACAUCUAAGCUCACAACUGUCACUCUGGAGAGAAUCACUAGUUGCUUUCCCAAGUGAAAGGCAACAUGCAUAAAGAAUGCAUUUCAAGUAACCGAGGAACACCAUAUGCAGUAAGAAAUGUUGUCAUCCAACUCUAAGAAGAUAAGAACAGUAAAGGACUCCAAGUCUCAGUGGUGGGGAAGUUCCAUCUGCCACCUGCAGCUCUACACAUCAGUUCUAAAAUAAUCAGCUAAAUGUCAACCAUGAGCUCAUUCUGUAACUGGUUAGAUUUAGAAUCUAUACACACCCCAUAAGAUGAAAUCCAAAAUGUACAUAUACUGUAUAUUAACCUUCUCACUACUAAUCUAUAACUUUUUUUUUGUCAUCAGUUGCUUUAUUCUGUCAUUCCAGUAUUUCAUUUCUUUGGUCCAUUGGUUCCUAAUGAUUUCAUAUCAUUGUGUCCUGUGUCUGUUUUAAUUAAUACCUCACAAAAAAAAAAUGUAUCAGGCUCCUGGAGGAACACAGAUUUACUUGUGUUCAUUCUGCUGACGACCUAAAUACUGCUCUUCUUAAAAUACAGCAAUGUUCAAAGUCAGAAACACAUGAUUACAUAAUAAAUGAUUCAUGACAAUGAAUUUAAAUGUUAAAAGCAGAAAUCUAACAAUUUUUGAAGCUGUAGAGGGAGUGAGCAAGGAGGAUGGGUAUGUAAGAAGAAAGAUUUGAGAAGGUUUGAUCUGUUUCUCAGAGCUCCAAAAUGUGUUUGACUGAGAUAAAUCUAGAGGAUAUCUUUAUAGUGUAGUUUUGGAUGAUAUCAGUGUUGGCUAUAUUAAUUAACAAUGGCUGGCAGAUCAAAACUCGAGGAUGUGGCGUUACUGAAAUGUUAAGACAUAAAUAUAGCAUGAAAAAUGCUCACUUAAAAUAAAAUUACUCAGGAAUGAAAGGAUGAUAAAUGAGGUUUUAAGUUUGAAUACGGAUUGUACUUGGGAUAAAACGUACAAAUUUGUAUUUAAGAAAAUUGGCCAUUUUCCUUUCAACAAUGGCAAUUUAUUGGAAUUUUCCCAAAAUAAAGUCUUCUUUUUUUUGCAGAUGACAUAAAUUACAUAAUUUAAAACAACAAGUUUGAUGUGAUGGUUGUUUCUUAGCAGUUUAUUCUUCAUAUGCUAUGAUACUGCUGUAUAUUAAACAUGUCGGUGGGAUAAAGGCUAAAGCCCACUCUACUCAAAACUUGCAUCAUCAGUAACUCCACUUCACUGUGCAGAAUGUACCUGUGUUAGAGCAUGACUUUGUGACACCACAACUGGAAUCGAAUCAUGGACGUACUAAAGUGUGAUCAAGAGCCUAAAAUGAAUAAUACAUUCAUAGAUUAUGAAAUUUUAAACAAAAGAGAAUGUCAUUUUUUAACUUACCAGACACGAAUCAUUAUGCAAAGCAGCAUAUUUUUGUAAGUCUUAAAACAUACCCAGUGGGAGGAGAGACUUUCAGAGGCAUUCAGAUCAUCAUCUGUGGGUUUGUAUUCAAUUAAAUCCUUGUUGAGCUCUGUUUAAAUCACUGGGACUUAAUUGGCAACAUACAGUUAAGCCCCAAAUUAUUCAUAACUGUCAAAUUUUGAUUUAUAGUGAAUUUCUAUGUGACCCACAGCUUUCUUCUGGUUGGGAAUUAGAUAAACAAGUGAGAAAAGACAGACACUGUUAAAGAUGGAAAUAAGAAGUGGUCUUUUUGUUGUUUUUUUAACUAAAAAUGUCCUAAGGUUUUUAGUUGUAGCCAUGAGUUGCAAAUGACAACUGCCCAUUUUGUCACCUGCUCUUGAUAUAUAGUGUAUUGGAAAGCUGGAGCACAGGGGUGUCAAACAUGCGGCACACAGGCCAAAAUCGGCCCGUGGAACGACGUUGUAAAGUGUAAAAAUUAGACUUUAAAGACAUUAACUGCAAUUUUUCAAUAAAAGUCACUGCUAUUUGAAAUUUGUCCACUGUAUUGCCAUGUUUAUGUAUUUUUUUAUGUAUACAUUUACAAGGCAAGGGAAUAACUUAACCUUCUUCCUUAAUAGUUCCCAUUUAGUUUGUUUGGUGUGUCAGUUGAGGUGGUCAGGAUUAUUGCACAGAUGUGGAAAUGAACGUAAAUUUAAAAUAAUCUCUAAAUCGUGCCAAGUUGGUUUGAUCACUAAGUAAAAUACUAGACUGUUCCGUUCCAAAUACCUGUGACUAAAUGUUUUGUGCCUUUGGAGAUACGCUGUGAUUUGCAAGUUGCAAUGUGUAAAUGACAAACUGAAGCAUAUUGUUGAAAUUUCACUUAUUUUUCUUAAGAAAUUUCAGUUUGCUCAUAAUGUUUUGCAAAAAGAUAGUUCAUUGAAUGUAAACAUUUUCAGAAUUGUACUUUUUUGCACUAAAACAAAG